AUGACAAAGUCUGCACCGGACUCUCCAAGCAGUUCCUCUUCUGAGCUCAAAGGAGUUCAGCUGAGACAUCUGCCGAACUUAGAGGAGAUACCAAGGACGGCUCUGGAUGACCCUUUGAGAAAACUGCUGGAAAAGGCUGUGGCCAUCCAGCUGAAAGCAGUAAACAGCAACGUGUCUAUCUCACAAUUUGCAUUCGAGAAUCUGAUCAUUUUAGUGGAACAAAUGCUCUCUAACAUGCUAGUGGACCUUCACAAAAUGGUAAAUAUACAGAGAAGGCAUUGCAUAUCGAAGAAAGACCUUCUUCUGAUAAUAGAUGGCUACAAUUUGACGUGCGCUGACCUUAUGGUAGAGCUCGAGAGGUCCCAGUACGUGCGGUCCCACAACCUAGAACGCGUCCGCAAGGUACGGGAGGAAAGCGAAGUGGUAGAGGCAAAGGAAAAAACGCCUCUAUCCGAAAAAGAGCUUUUGGAAUCAAAGCACCUAGAGUUCUUCAUUCAGGAUAAAGAAAUUCUUACGCUAGUACCGCCCACACCCAAGAAUACCAAGUAUGUGCCGAGAUGGCUUCCCGAGUUUCCCCCAGACCACACGUAUAGAUUCACGUCUCAAUUUAAUAGACCUAUCACUGACGAGAGGCUGAUGAAACGCAAAUUGGCAGAGGAAGCCGAUCUUUCAGAAAAGGCACUUAUCCAUUUAUCCAAGUUAAGUCACGAAGAAUCGCCCUCAGAGGGUGCUGACAGCGACGAAAUAUUUAAGGAAAGCCAACAAGACACACAACUGAUAUUCGGGCCCGCGAAGAAAACGAAGAUUGCAGCAAUCAACGGAGCUAGUGACCUCUUGCGUACUCUCCCUCAGCAGAACUACAACGUGGAGGAAUAUGCAAGAAAUCGCGUCGAGAUUGCAAGGCGGAAAGUCGAAGAGUAUGAGAGGCACCAGCUGCUUUUACAAAAGGGUGCAUUCAUUAAGGCAGCACACCUGCUAUCUCCAUUCGCAAAAAAGAGGAACUGCAAACAGGUUGAAAAAGAGGUACGAACACUUCUGCAUCGCAGUUACAUUGGCUUAUUGAAAAGUGCGCCGCUUCUACGGGAGCAGCGCAAACGCGAGGUUGAACUGGCAGAAGAAAACAGGCGCCUCAGAGAAGAGCAGAUAAGGCAAGAGAGGGAAGAGAGGCUCAAGAACUCUAAAGAUUACGAUGUGCUAGACCUUGACAACCUCAAUGAAGAUCCCUUUUUCGGUGGAUUAGGAAGCAGUGACACUGAAGACGAGAAGGAGCCACCGCAGCAAGAGGGUACCAACAAAUCAGGUAAUACAGCGCCCAGCGCUACUCCAGAGAUUAGCGACCGGGCAAAUACUAUGUCAGCAGAUAUCCCAGGGCGUUCUGUGCUAGAUGAGGCAGAAUCUCAGGACCUUACAAGAGAAGCUGAUAUGGAGUUUGAUUCAGAAAAGAACAAAGACGACACAAGUAAUGAGUAUUCUUUUCAAACCGCUGGGAAUCCUCGACUUUCACCUGGAGGACCCUCAAGCGCUCUCCAUGAUUUCACUAGCACACCGCCCGCGCUGCCUUCGAGUGAUAACAGAGAAAUCCACGAGGGAACCCCUAGUACAUCCGCACCCCAAGUUCCCGAUAAUGGGGAGCAACAACGGCAAAAAGCCCCUGAGGCCAGUGUGAACGUCAACGACGCCUCCGCUGAGCCUCAGGAGCCUCGGACUAAUUAG